UAUUGCGUUAUCCAUUUCCGGAUAAUACAAUGCGCAUAUUUAUAAUUAUAUCGUAGGUUUGUAAUCGUAAUUUUAAAAGCCUGAAAAAGUUUCCUCAAGAAGUGAUAACUCGCAUGCGACGCUGAAUAUGACGCAGUUGUAGAAAUCCAUUCGACGUGGACAGAAAAACGUGGACGAUAUUUUUAACGCGGGCGUAUAUUAUAGUGAAGAGUGGUGAAGAGUGAAGUAUCGUCCGAGGAUAAAUUGCGGUGGUACUUAUCGCUAUUAUAAUAAAAAAAAGAAAUGAGCAUAAUAUGCACUCAUCGCCUACUCGGUUCAGUGUCAGUCAUACAGAUACACACGAAGUGUCCUCCUGAUAUGAUCCGUGGUGUCCUCGUGAGUGUCUUGUAAGUGAAUUCAAGUUCAUGCAGGGUAACUCUGUCGAAAUUGUAAACAAAACGUUCAAUUUGUCGAUAACUUUACAGGAAGCAUGGAUACUACUGUCAAUGAUGCAUAGUUAUAUAUAGUAGUUCAAAUUGCGCUUUUGUGCUAACUGUCAUCAUGUCGUUUAUGUCAUCUUCAGUAGGGAUGUGCGCGCGAAAAAUAAACAAACAGCUGUUAGUGCACAAUACCUCGGUUAUUAAACAAAUAGUUCGAAAUUUGGAGGUGCAUGAGCACAUGGCAUACACUUUAUUAAGAGAAGCUGGCAUUCCUACCCCACCUUUCUGGGUAGCAAAGACAUCCGAUGAAGCUGCUAGUCUGGCCAAGAAUCUGAAUACGAAGGACCUCGUGCUGAAAGCGCAAGUUCUGGCUGGAGGUAGAGGGAAGGGACAGUUUAAGGAUAGCAAUGUUAGUGGCGUCGUAAUGUGCGAUACAAUCGAACAGGUAAAGGAAUUGGCAGAUAGUAUGAUCGGCAAGGUGCUUGUGACUAAACAGACGGGUGCAGCUGGAAAGAUAUGCAAUUCGGUGAUGGUGACAACGCGUAUGUUUCCGCGUAAAGAAUACUACAUGGCGGUGAUGUUGGAACGUACCUUCGAUGGUCCCGUAAUAAUCGUUUCCAAGCAAGGCGGAGUAAACAUCGAAGACGUCGCUGCUACGAAUCCCGAAGCCGUAGCAUAUGUACCGAUCGACGUGAAGAAAGGUUUAACACCCGAGCAGGCGAACAGCGUUGCCGAUAAACUGGGACUCACAGGGAACAGCAAGGAGAUCGCGUCGAUCGUCGCCUCCAAUCUCUACGACUUGUUCGUCGAGAAGGACGCACUGCUGCUAGAGAUCAAUCCGUUCGCAGAAGACAUCUGUGGCGAAUAUUACGCUCUGGAUUGCAAAUGCAAAUUUGACGACAGUGCCGAUUUCCGGCAGAAGGAGCUGUUCGCCCUGAAGGACACAACCCAGAUGGACCCGAAAGAAGUCGAGGCGGAGAAGUAUAACUUGAAUUACAUAGCUCUCGAUGGAAAUAUUGGCUGCAUGGUGAACGGAGCCGGACUGGCGAUGGCCACCAUGGAUAUCAUAAAACUGUACGGCGGUAAGCCAGCAAAUUUUUUGGACGUCGGCGGUACCGCUACAGUCGAGACAGUGACGGAAGGCUUCAAAAUACUAUCUUCGGACCCAAAUGUGGAAGCUAUCUUGGUGAAUAUUUUUGGCGGCAUAAUGAGAUGUGAUAUAAUCGCUCAAGGGAUCAUAGACGCUACGAAACAAUUGAAUCUGAACGUGCCCAUAAUUACGCGAUUACAGGGUACCAAUGUCGAUAAAGCUAAACAGUUGAUAUUGGACGCUAAGCUAAAAGUAAUUUCCGUGGACGAUUUCGCUCAAGCGGCCGAGACAUCUGUCAAGUUAGCAUCGAUGAUGAAUAUUGCGAAGUCUUCAGAUUUAGAUAUCACUUUUAGUACUAAAUCGCCAAAAAAGGAUUUUGAACAAGUAAAAAACUGACACCUUUGGAAGAGUUUGUCAAAUAUUUUAUAUUUACAUAU